UUGUAUAAAAUAUUUCACAAAACUGAAUUUUUCGUAAUAUUUUUUAGUCUUGAUGACCUAAAAUUGAGUGCAAUCGUUGAGUCCAAACACUUCCACAUCAUUGCUCGACUGGUAAUCCCAACUAAUCUUCAAAGUACAGGACUGAUUGACUUGGAAAUAGCUGAACCUAGUCAAGAGCAGCUACUUCCGGCAUCUUACUCGCUCCAGUUCCUUUGUGCUUUUAUUGAAGUUGCAGCAUGUUCCAAGGAAUCCUUUCAGUGCAUUUUUGACGAAGAAUUCGGUCUUCUUCGUCAUACAAAGAGGAAACCGUUAACGAUGACGAAGCUGGAACAGGUGCGUUCCGUCCGAAAGCAGUGCCAUCCAAAACGGCUCCUGGGCUUCGUACCGAUUCUGAAAUGGCUGCCACAGUACAAUGUCAAGGAGAACCUCGUCAGAGACAUCAUCGGUGGUCUGACGGUCGGCAUUAUGCAUGUUCCUCAAGGAAUGGCUUACUCGUCUUUGGCGGGAGUUCAACCUGUGAAUGGUCUAUAUACCUCUCUGUUUCCAGCUUUUUUCUAUUUGCUUUUUGGAACGUCAAGGCAUGUUUCGCUAGGUGUUUUCGCUGUUGUGAGCUUAAUGACCGGUAGUUGUAACCAACGAGUAUCGGGUAUCUUGGAAGCCAGGGCAAUGGACAAUAAUGGAAGCCUCAUCGAUGGCUUGAGUGAGGAGACGAAAAUGCAAACAUCAGUAGCUAUCGUUACUUCCCUAGCCAUGUGUGUUGGAUUAAUACAGAUUAUUGGCGGGUUCACUACGGGAGCGGCAGUUCAUGUAUUUACGGCUCAGCUUAAUAAAAUUAUUGGCGUCCCACUACCUCGUCGCUCUGGACCAGGAAAGCUAUUCUUUAUGUAUAAAGAUUUAAUUGGUAGUAUAAUUGAUGGAUAUGCAAAUUGGAUCACGUUCGGGAUCUCGAUAAUCACCAUUGUGCUCUUAUUCGCUGUCAAAACCUAUAUUGAUCCAUCGAUUAGGAAAAAAUGCAAUAUACCUGUACCAUAUGAUUUAUUCGUGAUGAUCAUUGGCACAAUCAUUUCCUAUCUAAUCAAUCUGCAUGAUCGAUACGGUGUCAAAAUUAUAGGAACUAUACCUACAGGAUUGCCAGCACCUGCACUUCCUGACGUGUCACUGUUCCGCUACUUCCUUGGUGACGCGUUGGCUAUCAGUGUUGUGGUUUUAGUGGUGACUGUUUCUAUGGGCAAAUUGUUCGCAAAGAAACAUAAAUACGAAAUAGACGUUAGGCAGGAAUUUUAUGCUCUGGGCUUUGUGGAGAUUCUGUCCUCAUUCUUCCCUGUUUGGCCGUCAUCAACUGCAUUGGCUCGUUCGCUAGUUUAUGAAGCGGCUGGAACGAAAACGCAGUUGGGCACCAUUUUCUCGUCCAUUCUCCUUUUGGCUGUCAUCCUUUUCAUAGGACCACUUGUUGAAGUAUUACCAGUAUGCUUUUUGUCCUGCAUUAUUAUCGUAGCCUUGAAAGGAAUGUUCAUGCAGCUUAGUGCUAUUCCAUCGUUGUGGUCCAUAUCAAGGACUGACUGUGCUAUAUUCGUGGUGAGUUUCGUUGCCACGGUACUGUACGAUGUCGUGGAGGGCCUUCUCAUAGGAACCUUCUUCGCUGCAAUGUUACUUGUAUAUGGAAUACAGAGUGCCAAAGUUGUAGAAAUUGGUCGCCUUAGUCACAACGAGGGUCAAUCCUACUUCCAACCCAUAGAGUAUUACAGAGACGCAGUGAUUCGUGACGGCGUGUGCUGCGUUCGUUUUGCAGCGCCUAUUGUUUAUUUGAACGCGGAACGAUUCAAGAAAAGCGUUGAUGACGUCAUACAACUGCCAACUGUCCAUCGUCGUGCAGAGAAAAACGCGUUAAUGAAGACGAAGUUGGAACAUGUGCGUUCCGUCCGAAAGCAUUGCCAUCCGAGACGACUUCUGGGCUUCGUACCAAUUCUGAACUGGCUGCCACAGUACAACGUCAAGGAGAACCUCGUCAGAGACAUCAUCGGUGGUCUGACCGUCGGCAUUAUGCAUGUAGCUAUGGCUCUUCUCCGAUUGGAUUUUCUCACAGCAUUUCUCUCUGACCAAAUCAUCGGUGGAUUUACCACAGGAGCAGCAGUACAUGUAUUGACAACUCAACUCAAUAAAAUUUUCGGCGUCCCUUUACCUCGUCACUCUGGGCUGGGGAAACUGUAUUUUAUGUAUAAAGAUUUAAUUGGCAGCAUAUUAAAUGGAUAUGCAAAUUGGAUUACAUUCGGGAUCUCCGUAACCACCAUCGUACUGUUGCUUCCUGCUAAAAUCUAUAUCGACCCCAUGAUUAAGAGGAAGUUCAUUAAUCUGCACGAUCGAUGUGGUAUCAAAAUCGUGGGAACCAUACCUAAAGGAUUGCCAGCACCUGCACUUCCGGACGUGUCGCUGUUCCGCUACUUCCUCAGUGACGCGUUGGCUAUCAGUGUUGUGGUUUUAGUGGUCACUGUUUCUAUGGGCAAAUUGUUUGCAAAGAAACACAAAUACGAGAUAGAUGUUAGGCAGGAGUUUUAUGCAAUGGGUUUUGUAGGGAUUUUGUCCUCAUUUUUUCCUGUUUGGCCAGCGUCAACAGCUCUGGCUCGUUCAUUAGUUUAUGAGGCAGCCGGAACAAGGACACAGCUGGCCACCAUUUUUUCAACCGCUCUACUUCUGGCGGUCAUCUUUUUCAUAGGGCCCUUUCUUGAAUCGUUACCAGUAUGCUUUUUGUCCUGCAUUGUCAUCGUAGCUUUGAAAGCAAUGUUCAUGCAGCUUAGCACUAUUCCUUCAUUGUGGUCCAUAUCGAGGAUUGACUGUGCCAUAUUCGUGGUGAGUUUCGUUGCCACAGUAGUGUAUGAUGUCGUGGAAGGCCUGCUGAUAGGGACCUUCUUUGCUGCAAUGCUUCUUCUUAUCGGAAUUCAGAGGCAAAGACGAGAAGAAUUGAAGCGAAAAAAGUUGAUGGAACUCAGCCAAAAUGAGUCAGAAACAACAAUGCGAUAUACUAAAGUCAUACCACUCAAAGUACUGCAAAAUGAAUUUGAUUUACCAUAUCAACACUUCACUUUUCUAAUCAUCCAACCAUUCUCGCUUACUGAACCCGAAAAUGAGUCAAUACGAGCGAUCGUCAUCGACUUGUCUGCUGUCCCCCGAAUCGACUACACCGGUGCCCAGUGUCUCGUGGAGGUGUUCAACGAGCAGCGAAACAAAGGGAUCACCGUGUACUUUGCUGCAGCGCCAUGUGAGUGCUUGUCAUUAUUCCUUUCCCUUAUUGUAUAA